UUUAAUCCCAGCACUCAGAAGGCAGAGUCAGGCAGAACUACGCAGAAACCCUGUCUUGAAAACACAAAACCAAAAAGGUAAUGGUUAGGAACAAUGAACUGGGACCCAGUUCUAAAUGAUGUAGGUGAGACAACUUUGCGUUUCCUUUGGUGUGACUGUAACAGCGGACAGCUCUGCCUCGUCAUGGUAUGAUUCAGUAACAGUACUUACACACUAGACUCCAAGUCAGUUCUGGCUACCCUUUCAAGAACUUUGCAGUCUUCUGACAGUGGCAGAGGUUCUGGUCACAAAGGAACUACAUUAGUAAGGAUUUGUCUCUACUCCUCUCCCCCACUUAAUCCCCACCCUAAACCUGGAACAGAUGGCGGAAUUCACAUACUCACUGUAUGUGGCAGAUGACAUUGAGCCAACGGAGAAACCUGUAUGCUACCCUAAGGAUGCAGGAUGCUAUGGAACAGGAGUUAGCACUGUCCAACAGACAGCUGCUGAUGGUCCAAGGGAACACAGGGAUGGGGAGGCAUCCAGAGACCGAGAAGGAGCGUUAAAGAGCCAGCGCCACACACUUCACUGCCUUCCCUACCAGGUCCGUCAAGCUGCCUUACAUGAGCUGUUUGAGAAGGAAUAUCAACAGUACCAGCAGGAACUCAGUCGGAUGGGCAAAGCUUUUUAUGAGGAGAGACUCUGAGGCUGCCCAAACACUGCUCUUCCCUCAUGCCUGCCAACCCAGCCUCUAGUCUCUACCGGAGGCUUCCCAAAACAAACCUGGACCUGGGACUUAAGACCACCCCUUUUUCACGGUCAAGUCAACCCAAAUGUCGCCUCGGGGAAAACAAGAGUGACGCCUUGUGGUUAGCGUGGGAUAUGCAGUGUCGGAAGGGGAGAGGAUGUACAAUGUCUGGUUUAAAAAAGUUGUGAUUUGGUUUAAAAAUAAAGCAAACUCUUAAAUAUUUAGAUUUA